UAUAAAGGUGGUGAUGCCUUCACCCUGACCUUGAAGGUGGUAGUUCCUUGGAGCCUUCCCUGAUCCUCCUUGGGGUCCCCAGCGAACACUCUUCAGUUCAGCACCUCCUCACAGCCAAAGCAGCCACCUAGAUCAUGCCUUCCAUGUAUGGACUUCUAGACUCCAUGUCAGCCACAGAGCUGCUCCUGGCCAUCACCAUCUUCUGCCUUGGAUUCUGGGUGGUCAGAGCCACAGGGACUCGGGUUCCUAAAGGCCUGAAGACUCCACCUGGACCCUGGGGAUGGCCCCUUAUUGGGCAUAUAUUGACCCUGGGGAAGAACCCACACCUAUCACUGACAAAGCUGAGCAAGCAGUAUGGGGAUGUACUGCAGAUCCGCAUUGGCUCCACACCUGUGGUGGUGCUGAGUGGCCUGAACACCAUCCGGCAGGCCCUGGUGAAGCAGGGUGAAGAUUUCAAGGGCCGGCCAGACUUUUACAGUUUUAAUUUCAUCAGUAAUGGCCAGAGCAUGGCUUUCAACCCAGAUUCUGGACCAGUAUGGGCUGCCCGGCGGCGCCUGGCCCAGAAUGCCUUGAAGAGUUUCUCCAUAGCCUCAGACCCAGCUUCUGCAUCCUCUUGCUAUUUGGAGGAGCAUGUGAGCAAGGAGGCUGAAUACCUAGUCAACAAGUUCCAGAAGCUGAUGGCAGAGGUUGGCCACUUCGACCCUUAUAGGUAUUUGGUAGUGUCUGUGGCCAAUGUCGUCUGUGCCAUGUGCUUUGGCCAACGUUAUGACCAUGAUAACCAAGAGCUGCUUAGCAUAGUCAACCUGAGCAAUGAGUUUGGGGAAGUUACUGGCUCUGGAUACCCGGCUGACUUCAUCCCUGUCCUCCGCUACCUGCCUAACUCUUCCCUGGAUGUCUUCAAGGACUUGAAUAAGAGGUUCUACAGCUUUAUGCAGAAGUUAAUCAAAAACCACUACCGAACGUUCGAGAAGGGCCACAUCCGGGACAUCACAGACAGCCUCAUUGAGCACUGUCAGGACAAAAGGUUGGAUGAGAAUGCCAAUGUCCAGCUGUCGGAUGAUAAGGUCAUUAGUAUCAUUUUUGACCUCUUUGGAGCUGGGUUUGACACAGUGACAACUGCUAUCUCUUGGAGCCUCAUGUACCUGGUUACAAACCCUAGGGUACAGAGAAAGAUCCAGGAAGAGCUAGACACCGUGAUUGGCAGGAGUCGGAGGCCCCGGUUUUCUGACAGAUCUCAGCUGCCCUAUCUGGAGGCCUUCAUCCUGGAGGUUUUCCGGCAUUCAUCCUUCACCCCUUUCACCAUCCCCCACAGCACCACAAGAGACACAAGUCUGUGUGGAUUCUAUAUCCCCAAGGGACGUUGUAUCUUUGUGAGCCAGUGGCAGAUUAACCACGACCAGGAACUGUGGGGUGACCCAGACAACUUUCGUCCUGAAAGGUUUCUCACCUCCAGUGGCACUCUGGACAAAGCCUUGAGUGACAAAGUCAUUCUCUUUGGAUUGGGCAAGCGGAGGUGCAUCGGGGAGACCAUUGGCCGAUUGGAGGUCUUUCUCUUCCUGGCCAUCUUGCUGCAGCAAAUGGAAUUCAACGUGUCACCAGGAGAGAAGGUGGAUAUGACUCCUAUUUAUGGACUGACUUUAAAGCAUGCCCGUUGUGAGCAUUUCCAAGUGCAGAUGCGGUCUUCUGAGCUUCAGCAUCUCCAGGCUUAGACUGUCCUGUAGUCCCCAGACCAGGGGGCUGUUCCAGGGAUUUAACAGAUUCUGGGGAGUUGUGCCUGCCUUCUACUUUGGACUUGCUUUUCUAUAUGCUGAUCUCAGACACUGGGCACAGCAGUGGCCCACAGGAACUUCAGAGCCUUCCUAAAUUCAGCUUCAGCUAGGAGACCUGAAAGGGUAAGCGGGUCUCUGGGCCUCAGAAAAGCCCCGAAGAGCUCUCUGGGUGCUCCAGUGGCUGGCCAGUUUGAAAGAUGCUUAGAGCAGGUCAUGCCAGGAUCUAUCGGGGUUCUUUGACAACUGGGAGCUAUGCAGAACAGAGGGAGAAGACAGCUCAAAAUACUGAGGUGCUCUUGCCAUUUGCUAAGGCAAAUGAGCAGCCUUCCCACGUGGGUCUAGGACACUGUCUGUGGAGAUCACCUUUAUUCACUCUUUAUUGGACUAAACAGGUUUCUCCUGUCCUUGCAAAGCCCCCGUUCCUGUUCAGGAAGUGCUGGGUCUUGUGUCUAGGAAGAUCCAAGAACAGAGGGACAGACUCUCUGGACAGUAGGACCAGGUCUAGAGUAAAGGGAUGACUUUUGAGACAGAGUCUUGUAUAGCCCACUCUGCCUCUGAACUUGCUAUGUAGCCAAGGAUGGCCUUGAAUUCCAUAUUCUUUUUCUUCUUUUACCAACCUUCUGAGUACUAGGAUGUAGUCACAGACCACUGUAUCAUCUCUUGGUCUCUCUUCUUUACUGUACAAAAUGUUCAUUUAAAAAAUGUUUGGGGGCUGGAGAGAUGGCUCAGAGGUUAAGAGCACUGACUGCUCUUCUAGAGGUCCUGAGUUCAAUUCCCAGCAACCACAUGGUGGCUCACAACCAUCUGUAA